AAGCCCACCGCACGCCCGCACUCGCUGGGUGCUUGGUGGAGAAUGCCCCUUGCCUUCCACCAUUGGUCAUCGGAAGUCCCGCCUUAUUGUGUGAUUGGCGAUGAACCCCUGCCUCUGAGUCCGGCUGCCGCCGCCGCCGCCGCCGCCGCUGCCCAGGCCGGCAUGGCGGGUGGCAGGGCAAUCGGCAAGCGAGCCCAGAGGAAGGGUGCCCGAGAUCUCCACGCGGCUCUGGUCUUGUAGAAGAGCCAAUCCCAUAUGAAGAUGGGACUGCUGGUGUUUAUGCGUAAUGUGCUACUAGCCCUCUGUCUCUUUCUGGUGUUGGGAUUUCUCUAUUACUCAGCUUGGAAACUGCAUCUUCUCCAAUGGGAGGAUUCAAAUUCAAUGGUUCUUUCCUCUGACUCCGUUGGACGUACAAUAGGCUCAGGAAGGAGAGAGAGAAAACCCACAUCUCUUGUGCCUCUGUCAUCUCUCCCAUCACACCUUGCUGCAGAACUGGGAACAGGCAAACCUAAGAGAGAAUCUGUCGCUAUUCCACGCCCAACCAUUCCCAAAUAUGACAAACUAGGAUUUCUCCUGAAACUGGAUUCCAAAUUGCCUCCAGAACUAGCAUCAAAGUAUGCUAACAUCUCAGAGGGAGUUUGCAAGCCUGGGUAUGCAUCUGCACUCAUGACUGCCAUAUUCCCAAAGUUCUCCAAGCCAGCACCAAUGUUUUUGGAUGAUUCCUUCAAAAAGUGGGCAAGGAUCCGGGAUUUUGUACCUCCUUUUGGAAUUAAAGGACAAGAUAAUCUGAUCAAAGCCAUCCUGUCAGCAACCAAAGAUUACCGCCUUACUUCAGCCCUUGACAGUCUCAGUUGCCGGCGAUGUGUUAUUGUGGGGAAUGGUGGCAUUCUGGCAAACAAGUCUCUGGGGUUGAAAAUUGAUGACUAUGACAUUGUUAUCAGGCUAAACUCUGCUCCAGUGAAAGGCUUUGAAAAGGAUGUUGGUGGCAAGACAACAGUGCGGAUAACGUACCCAGAAGGGGCCAUCCAGAAACCAGAGCACUAUGAGAAAGAUUCCCUGUUUGUGCUGGCAGGGUUCAAGUGGCAAGAUUUCAAGUGGCUGAAGUACAUUGUUUACAAGGAAAAAGUGAGUGCCUCUGAUGGCUUUUGGAAGUCUGUGGCAACUCAUGUUCCAAGGGAGCCCCACGAGAUCCGUAUCCUGAAUCCAUACUUCAUCCAAGAAGCAGCUUUCAGCUUUAUUGGCCUUCCUUUCAACAACGGCCUGAUGGGCAGAGGGAAUAUCCCUACUCUGGGAACUGUAGCAAUAACCAUGGUGCUCCACAAUUGUGAUGAAGUAGCAGUGGCUGGAUUUGGUUAUGACAUGAAUGCUCCAAAUGCACCACUACAUUACUAUGAGAACAUCAAGAUGUCUGCCAUCAAAGAGUCUUGGACUCACAACAUCCAACGGGAGAAGGACUUCCUUCGAAAACUGGUGAAAGCUCGAGUAAUCACAGACCUCACCAGUGGAAUCUGAGGAGGCACAGCCACUGUGCUGAAAGGCACAGCCACAUACAUACAGCUGAUGACAAGGGCAUCAAGAGGUCUUUGGCAAGAAUCCCAGCUUCCUAGAGACACACAGUGCCCUUGGAAAGUGUCCCUCGCUUGCUUUGCCUGCCCGCAUCAUGGCUGGCAGGGGAGCAGUGGCUAUUGGCCUGAGGGGGCAGGUCCCUCACUUGGAACUACAGGUGGAUGUUGUGUAUGAGAUGGAACAUCACUGGAAAGAAUCAAAAUAGGCCUGUGAAAUCAAACGAAAUUUUGUGCCAAAUGGGAACAAGAGCCAGGCCAGAGGCAGCAGUGCUUGAAUGUACAACACACUAUUUUUAUAAAGAGAGACUUGAGUAUCAUACUAAAUAUAUCAAUGUGCAAAGUGGAGUCUGACCUGUGCAUAGGCCCCAUCGGACACCUGACCUGGUAUUGCACUUAGCUUUCCUCUGUGCCAGCCAUGGUCCCUUUGUGGGCUCCAAGUCCGUCCAAGACUUGUCUGUCGUUGGUGCUGCUAUAAUUUAAAAGUAUUGUGGCCUCUCUCUGCCCUAGAGGGAGCGACUGAGAGGCCAAAUGGAUCUUCAGACUCCCUGCUAUUCGUAGUGCAGCUGCUGCUGCCAACAUUCACCUGGAUGCAUUUUAGCCAUUGUUCAUGGAGCUCACUUCAUUGUGUUGGGGGAUCUCUACUUAUUUGGCAGUUUGGCCACAGAUCCUACUGGAAGAUACCCCAAUUUUCUGUAGCAUCUACAUCAUGGUUUUGAAGAGUUGGUAAUUUGUUUUUUGUUUGGGGAGGGAAUAAUUUAUUUUUGCAUCAGGUCAGAAAUUGUCCUGGGAUAUGAAGAUUCAUCAGUGUUUAGCAAGUAAUGGUGCCAGAGAUUUUUCACCUUCUAUUGUACUCUAAUUUAAGUGGCAACUACCUUAAUAGUAUUUAAGCUCAUCUGGAAAGAGUAAUAGAAAUGAUCUGGCUGGCAACUACUUUGUUUUUUAGCUUCCGUCAAUCAGUAUUUUUCUCAGUCUGUUUUGAAAUCCUUCUGCAUCCCUUUUAAGGGGCUAAAGGACUCUAUACUAGUUAUUCCUCUUCCCUAAGUCUCAGAUGCAGUAUUUGCACAAAUGUAUACCAUUUGUGUAGGAAGGGUUAGAAAUGUUGUGCAAAGUGACUAAACUGUGGGGAGAGUUUAAUGUCAGCACUUGUCUGGGGAUCUGUGCACCCAAGAGGCAUUCUCAGGGGCUAAUCCCUGCAAUUGUAAGAUAUGCAUAUAUUUUAUAUCAGUGUAAGGCCCAACCAUGCAUUUAAAUGAAUUAACUUACCUUUCAUUGAAUGAAGAAGAUGCGAGAAUCUGGACAACUUUCCUCAUGCUGACUGACCUGAAGAACGCUUAUCCUACAUAUGCCAAGAGCACCAACCUGCAGUGUGAAUAUUCAUUUUUCCUGCUCAGUGCUCCAAACUGAGUUAGGCGGCUUUUAACAGGGUACUCUGCCCCACAAGCAAUUUGGGUACUCUGCCCCACAAGCAAAGGAGACAGUAGCUCAACUGUUCCCAUUAUUGUUUUUCAGAGAUGUUCACAAAAGGAGUCCUAGAAUAGGGCAGUUGGUAAGUUCUUCUAUUCUUCCUCUGAUCCUCUGCAGGAAUACUAUUCAAGUCUCUGAAAAAGGGGCCCAAAUGCUGCCAUUUCCCACUUUCAGGCUGACAUAUUCUGAAGGAGGUUGAGUGGAGCCUAGCAGUGCUCCCCGAGUGUGCAAUUUUCCUUGUGUGUGCAUCAAAAUGUGUCUGGCUUGAAUGGUGGAUUCUCAUAGGGCAUGAAGACUGCUUAUUCCUUGGCCCCCAUCAUCUUGUCAGACCCUACCUAAGAAAGAGUAAUGAGGUAUAGUGUGAAGGUAUUGAACUUGUAACCCGCCUUUCUUCACACCAUGAAUAGUUAAUUUAUGGAAUUUGCUGCCACAAGGUGUGAUGAUGGCUAUAUUUAGCUGGCUUUAAAAGGGAUUUAGACAAGUUUGGGGCUAUCAAUUAGUAUUCGUCAUGUUGGCUAAAUGGAACCUCCAGUAACGAAGGCAGUCUGCCACUGAAUGCCAGCAACUGGCAAGCAACAGCAGAAGAGGGCUAUUUCCUUCAAGACCUACUUGUGGCUUCCUGUAGGCAUCUGAUUGGCCACUGCAGGGAGCACAAUGCUGGACUAAAUGAACCUUUCAUCUGAUCCAGCAGGGCUCUUCUUACAUUCUUAAUCAUGUGAAUUUGUCCCCAUAUAUUUGGAUUCUAUCCCUGUCGCAUAUGCAAAAGCUUUGUCAGUCAGGCAUAGAGUUGGCUCAGGGCCUCCAGAAGGAGGACAAGCGUGGCAGUAGCUGCAAAAGCUGUGAAAGGAGAACCGCUGCACAGGCCUGAAAAAUACAUUGUUUGCUCAGUUUGCCUGAGUGAAAGAGGGAAAUGUGUUCAGUUGUGCGAAUGCAAGCAUUGCUGGCACAGCUGACCAUCCACUCAAAAAUUGUCAAUUCUAGGAGGAACAUUUUCCUGUUUUAGCCAGUGUGGGAAGAUCCGCAGCAGGCUGUUUGUUGCUGCUGAGUAAGACAAGUAGAGGAGAAUUAGAAAUACACAAGGAAAGCAUAGAGAGAAAGAUGGCUAGACAGACCUCUAGGUGGAAGCAAAGUGACACAAACCAGUUGCCAACUACAGGCUCAGAGACCAUUUUCAUUUUUAUUUUUAUGGUGUGGGAGACAUACUUUGCAUACAGUUCAUCAAAUCUCUUCAAGGCACCCUUUGCCAGGUUAGGCAAAUGCGAAAUUGGACAGCGCAGUGUGGAAGAGGGAAGCUCAGGAGAUGUCACUUGUUAUACCAGGUCCCCUCGUCUACACAACUUUUAAAGGUGCAAGAGCUCUGUCCUCUUUUUCUCCUGGCCAUCCUACCUUCUGUCCAUGCUUGGUAUGCUACUCCUAUCUAAACCAGGGAGGGGGAAUGUUUGGCCCACCAGAUGUUGUUGGACUGCAACGCCCUUCAUCCCUGAUCAUUGGUUAUGCUGGCUACGAUUGAUGGGAGUUGCAGUCCACCAACUUCUGGAAAGCCACAUAUUCCUCACCCCCUGGUGUAAUUACACUGCAGGUGGAGGGGAAAGGCAGACAGUGUGGUUCACUUGGAAACAGCCAGAUUAUGCCACCACCUUUCCCCCCUGCCUGCUGCUCUUCCCCAAAUGGGAGCAAAAGAAGCUCCAUGCAUGGUUACUGUUGCAGUAGCUCAGUGAUUUUGGACUGAAAUAUGAAUAAGAGAAUAAUACUUUUUGCAGCAGCAAAUGUUUUAUAUAAAACUUUUGCUGCCACAUAUAUUAUAUCUGAACAAAGAUAUAUGCUUCCCCCACCCCCAUAAUAUGAGAGUGGUUUUAAAACUGUCUGCUUGGGUCCCUUCCCCAGCUCCUUGUGCUGUUAAUUUUUUAGCUGGCUCCAUGUUCUACACUGUGUGUACUUCUUUGGAAAGGGUGGGGCCUGCAUUUUCACUGUCUUAGAUUCAGCUCAUUUGAAUAAACCUCCAUUGUUUGUUUGUUUUUCUCCUCCCUAAUCUCUAGGUUCUGUUUUGAAAAUGACACACCUGGUUUGCUAAGCGUUGAACACCACAGGUGCACAAAAAUACAUACCCAUCCAAAUUUUACUUAUUCAAAUGCUCUAAUCCCUUCUAUUGUGAGCCCCCAAAGUAGAAUGAGAAUGGCCACCCAGGAAAGAAGGGCAUAUUUGCCCCCCAAAUACUCUGCCAGGUUUUCUCAAGGCAGACUGGAUUACUUAGAAGUGGGACCCAGAUCAUUUUAAUUUCCAUCUCUACAGUUCCUGCACCUGGCUUGGCAGAAUUUCCUUGAAAGGCCACUUUUACAAGUGAAAGUUGGUAGAACAGAUAGGUGCAAGACACCCCUCCCCGCAAAAAUGUUGUAGAGUUCCGGGGGAGGGGGCUCAUCCACAUCAAUCACUGAAAAUUUCCAAAGAUAGCAUCAUGGGAGAUUCUGAAAAAUAUGUAAUUCAUUUAAUAAUUUCACACAAUCUGGUUGUGUGUGUAUGUGUUCUGAUAAGCCCAAAAAGAGUGUGAAUGAGCCAGAGAGUGGGGCAGCAGGCCUCCUCCACCAUACUGAGUGGUGCUGAGUAACCUCCCAUUGAUUGUCAGGCCACACAGACAGUAAGGCUAUGACAUGAGCCCACCAAGAGCAAUGUGCUGCCAAAGGAUUAAGAAAAUGCUGUUGUUAGCUCCUGUGCUACAUGGGGCUGUGUUGAGCCUGUCUCAUUCUCCUGCCCUAGGUCUAAAGAUGACAUUAAACCAAGCUCUUCCUCAGAUUGCUGCAGUUGUGCUUUCUCUAAGUGGAAAUGGAGUCAGUGCCGCUUUUGAGGAUUUAAAGGCAGCAGAGGGAUAGGUGAUGAGUUGAAUUCUCUCUUCUGCCAAUCUAUGCCACAAAAGCUCUGCUAUUUUAGUCCAUUUUGAUCUCAGCAGCUUUUCAAUGCAUGCCCUUUCCACCCCAUUAACCAUGUAUCUUGCCAGGGCAAUCACAGAAGAGGAGCAUGCUCUAUUAUGCCCUCAAUCCACCUCCCUACCUGAGCUAAGGUUGCUACCUCUCCCAAAUGAGAAAAUCAGCCAUAGCUCAUUUGCAAAUGUUUAUUCAAUUCCAUUUAUACAAAAGGUAAAAUUGGGUGCUCGUGUGGCUUUAUAAAUUUUACUUCAUUGAACUUCACAAUCAUUAUGUGAAAUUGGCCAUUCUUUGCAAUGUUAUUGGGUCUGUCACCCAGCUAAAGAAAUCUUAGCUGAUUGAGUUGUAGCCAGCUAAUCAAAUUUGCAUAUGAAUAAAAAUUUAAGCAAAGGUUGUUUCUUUUGUUGGUUUUAGGUGAUGUAGGCAUGUGUGUCAUGUGCCUCUGUUAAGAUGAUGCUUGAUAUCUCUAGGUUUUUUAUAAGUACUUGUAUUAAAAGUAAUACUUAAAAAAAAAAAAAACCUCUGCUGCCCAAUUAACUGGAAUACCUUUUUAGUCCAUCAAACAUUUUCAGUUGAUUAAUCUAACUGGUUAAUUUGUGAAAGGUCAGAGUCCUAUGUACUGCAGACAGGGAAUUGAAACAAGGAGUAAAUUGCCAAGAUGGUGAAUGUGCUGCCGAGGCGAUAGAUAGCAUGCAUUUCUCCAGCUGCUUCUGCUGCUCCUUGCCUUCCCUCCGCUUUGGAGACUGGUGGAGUCUCACAUGGCUUGUACUGGAAGUCGCCACUGCUGUAUACUGACUGGGAUCUCAACACAGUUGCCUUCAAGCAUUUUUCUACAGAAAUUCUGUAAAACAGACAUUGUUUGUGACAGUUGCUACAUUUGAUGCCAGAUCAAUUUUUGUGACUAUUUCUUCAAUGUCAGAAUCUUCACUUUACAGGUUGUUUUGUAGGCUCCAAGGAGAAUAUGGCAAAGCCUUUCUAGCACAGCAUCUUUGCUGGCCUCUACUCUUGGACGGGGUGGGAAGAAGCUUCUCAGAUCCCACUAAGCCCCAGCAGAAGAUGCUUGUUCACACUAUUCACUAUCCACCAUCUGCCCUGGUGCCAAUUAUCGAUAAACACUGUCUUUCUAUAUCACCCAAGGAGUGCAACAUAUUAGAGGGAGAGCUAGGUCUCUGGCACAUUGUGCAGUGGGAAUGUACCACAUUGUAGUGGUUGAAAAUGGGGCCCACUCUAUUAAUGUGUUUGGAAUGAGGUAUUGGAAUAUGCAGAGUAUAUUAAAUAGUGUAGUUUCUAUUGUUUGAACUUUCCUUCUAGCUAAGGAAGAAAAGGUGGGAUAUGUGAGCCUCCAAGUCACUUUUGACUUAUUCAUAUCAUGGAAGCAAUAAAAAUA